UUGAAUAAUGAUAAGGAUGCUUCCAAUCGGCAGAGAGAUAGUACUUUUGGAGACUGGAAAGCUGGCUGUGGAGAAGGUAACAAAGACGAGUACACAUCAGGAAGAAGCCACAAUCUCCGUACGGAUUUCCCGAAAAUUGUCUGAUCAGAUCCAUUUGACUUUCAACCGAAAUUCCCGGAAUUUUCUGGAGUGGGCGUGACUACCUGGAAAGGCCUGGGUAACGCUCGGCCUGGGUACACAUCACAGUAACGCCUGACGAAUAUUAGCAUAUUUUGCAGCCACCCAGCGAACGAACGACAACGCAUCAAGUUCGAAAUUAGAAUUGCAGAAAUUGUGUUAUGAUCGAACAGAAAACGAUGUUUGGCGUCGCAGCUAUUGGCGUGUCGGUCGUGGUGGGCUACGGUCUUUACAAAUAUGUGCAAGGCAGGCAAAAGGCUCGAAAGAUCAAGGAGGCAGUGGACGAGAUGAUUAAAAAUAUUGACAAGCCCAAUGUCUACAUGAGAGAUUCAGUUCAUGUGCGAGAAAAACUCAAGGUACUUUAUGAGGGAGGAUCUGAAAAGCUUCAGGUCAUCUCAGACUUUGAUAAGACACUCACCAAAUUUAAUAUCAAUGGAGAGAAAGGUUGCACGGUAUAUGGUGUCAUUGAGAGCUGUAAGUUGUUCCCAGAAUCAUACAGAGAAAAGGCCAAAGAACUCAAGGAAAAGUACAUGCCAAUUGAAUUUUCAGGAGAUAUUUCAUCUGACGAGAAAUUACCGCACAUGAUAGAAUGGUGGACCAAGUCGCAUGAAUUGCUUACUGAACUUGGUAUCAAGAAGGAUGAUCUUUCACAGAUAGUGGAAGAAGCCUCAAUCGCAUUGAGGGAUGGUGUUGAGUGGUUCUUUGUCAAACUGCAUGAGAAGAAGGUACCCGUGCUAAUAAUAUCUGGAGGACUUGGAGACAUCAUUAAAGAAGUUAUUGAUCAACAAAGUACAUUGUACGACAAUGUGAAUAUCGUGGCCAACUUUUUCAAGUACGAACAGGGUGUCAUGGUUGGUUUCAAGGAUAAACUUCUCUUCAGUCACAACAAGAAAGAAUUGACAAAAGACUUGCCAUACUUUGACAAAGUUAAGGACCGCACUGGUGUCAUUGUCAUGGGAGACCUGCCAGAGGAUGCCCAUGUCUCAGCAAGUCCUAAAAACUCUGAAGUAACUCUCACUGUGGGUUUCUUGAAUGAUAAGGUGGAUGAACGUGUCCAUGACUACAUGGAUGCAUUUGACAUUGUAAUAGUUGACGACCACAGCAUUGAACUGGUUGAUCUUUUGUUGAUGACCAUCAUAAGGGCUAAAUAGAUGAUGACGAGUGGACUACAUGUACGUCAUUCAGCCGAGCAGUUCAAGUGAAUGAUGGUGAAGAGGAACUUGUAGAGAAUUGUUUGUAGACAACCUACAGAGAGAUUGUCAGACAUAGUGUAGUGCUUUGGUUUAAUGAACUUGUGUGGUUUUGUUUAUAUCCAGUUUUUCAAAAAACUGAUUAAUUGUCUUGAGUUUAAUUUACCAGUGAGCUGACUCUACAUGUAUAUCCAAGUCAGAUCCAAGUAGGAAUCCAUGUACCCUUAUUCACCAAUUAAGAGCACACAGUGAAUACUGCAAAAUUCCGCAAGUAUUGUCCCUGACUUCUCUCAGAUUGAGUAGCCUUUUUCUGUAUUGCUAUUCAUGAGUUCUUGAAAGGUCACAACUUAAGUGGGGAGGUGGCGGAGGUAUUUUCUUUGGUUAAAAUGCACUCUUUGUGCUACAUCUAAAUAAAAUGGGAAGCAUAUAAAAUUGCUGAAAGAACUCAUCUCAAUUCUAAUUAAUACAUUGCUUUUGGAAUAAGGGUCAUACAUGUAAAAUGUAGUCGAGACAGCUUGUGGUAUCUGUUAUUAUUUUACAUUCUUUCUCUAGUAACAAGUUACUAGACUUUCACAAAAUCAGCUGUCAGUUCGAGAUCGCACUCUUUGUUGGGUUGUGCUCUACACUCAGUAAAGGGUUCAUAACACGGAUGCCAGUUGAGUGGAUAAUUUUUGCAGCAGGGUUAGUGGAUUCAGUUUGGCACUCUCUCAGCAGCAAGCGAAGUUUCAUGGGAAAAUUUUGAGGAAAUUCAAAUUUACAUAAGUACUGUAAUCUGAGAUUUAAGUUUUAAGAGGCUAGCUAUAUAGUGAGAAUGAUUUUCUAUCUAGUGCAUCAUACCUGGAGCUUGCCUGAAGGACAAACCUAAAAAAAAUUGUUUUGAUUUUGUUUACCCACUUGGACAAGGAUCUUACUCAGACUUGGCUGUUAUUUGGAAAAUAGAUUUAAACCAAAGCUUUUGUUUUUUUCAGUAUCCAUUGCAAGUUUGUUUCACCACAAGGACUACACGGUGUUAGGGUGUAACAAUAUGGGGUGCAACUCAGAUAUUCGUGAUUAGAAUCUGGAGAUGCCAGGCUGCAAAAGAUCAAUACAGUGAUAAAUUAUUAUGUAAAGUAUUUGCUGUUGAAUUAGACAUGGUAAUUAACAUGGGUAGCUUUAGCAGUCAAUGGUUCUCCUUUUGUAGUUAUAUAUUAUACACUGUAAGUUGUAUGUCAAAAUUUUCUGGCAACUGGAGAUCAGAAUAUUUCUAAAUACAACCAAGGAAGUUUUAAUAUAAGGUACAAUCAUGUAAUUAUUAGUACAUAACAACACUUGUUGUUAAAGUACAGUUGACACUCU